UUUGUUUACAUCGAAAACUGUCAAAAUGAAAGGAAGGCAAUUUUUGGACAGUGAACAAAGAACACUGUGUUUAGUCAUUAUUUCAAUAAUUCAACACUUCAAAUGAAAAUGAUAAUUGAGUGCUUACAAGUUUUUACAUUCAUUUCGAAUAAUUAAAGCUGUUGUCAAGUGGAAUUGGAGUUGUCUUUUUUUCUUUUUUAAAAUCACGAUGUCAGGGAAGCCUUCUUCUUUGACAAUGAGCUCAAUUAAAGGAGAGUCUGAAUUGCGUUUUUCUCAAAAAGAUGCAUCUGCAAGUGAAUACAGUAUUUCUAGUAUUGCCUCAACAAUAUCAGUAUCGCAAGAUGAAAAUUUUCGCGUGUCAAAGCAUGCUGAAAAUAGUCUCAAAAUUAUGGAAGAAUAUCUUCAGAAACAACAACUUUGUGAUGUUACACUCAUAGCUGGUGAAAAGCGUUUUAAUGCACAUCGUUUAGUUUUGAGUGCAGGUUCAGAAUAUUUUGCAGCUAUGUUUACAAGUUCAAUGAGAGAAUCGACGCAUAAUGAAAUUGAGCUGAAAGGAGUUGACGGAAAUGCUUUAUGGGCUUUAGUUCGCUAUUGUUAUACUGGUUGUAUAGAAUUGCGAGAAGAUAGCGUUGAAACUCUUUUAGCGACCGCUUGUUUACUUCAAUUAAGUCCAGUAGUCGAGGCUUGUUGUCAAUUUUUAAUAAAACAACUUCAUCCAAGUAAUUGUUUGGGAAUUCGCGUUUUUGCCGAAACUCAAGGUUGCACACAUCUUUUAAAUGUUGCUCACGCCUAUACAACUGAACAUUUUAUGGAAGUAAUGAGAAAUCAAGAAUUUCUCAUGUUAUCUGUCAAUGAAGUGGCAAAAUUAUUUGAAUCCGAUGAUUUGAAUGUACCAUCGGAAGAGACGAUUUUUCAUGCUCUUAUGACUUGGCUCGAUCACGAUCCAAUUGAGAGAAAAAAAGAUGCGAGUAGAUUAUUGGCUUUAGUGAAAUUACCACUAUUAUCACCAGCUUUUAUUGCAGAUAAUAUAGAGAGCAGUGAAGUAUUUAGAGAUCAACGUUCUCAGGAUUUGAUAAUGGAAGCUUUAAAAUAUCAUCUUUUACCAGAACGAAGACCAUUACUUCAAUCUGGACGAACUAGACCCAGAAAAGCGACUGUUGGUUUAUUAUUAGCAGUUGGUGGCAUGGAUGCCAAUAAAGGAUCUACAACAAUAGAUGCAUUUUCAUUACGUGACAAUGCGUGGAGAUGUUUAGCAAGUAUGGGAGGAAGACGUCUUCAAUUUGGCGCUGCGAUAAUCGAUAAAAAAUUAAUUGUCGCCGGUGGUCGUGAUGGACUGAAAACAUUAAAUACUGUCGAGUGUUUUGAUUUUGCCACACAAACUUGGAGCGUUUUACCUGCGAUGACAAUUCAUAGACAUGGACUUGGUGUUGCCGUUUUGGGAGGACCUUUAUAUGCAGUGGGUGGACACGAUGGAUGGAGUUUUUUGUCAACUGUAGAAAGAUGGGAUCCAACUACUCGACAAUGGAGUUAUGUUUCACAAAUGUCAUCGCCACGUUCUACAGUUGGUGUAGCAGUAUUAAACGACAAAUUGUAUGCAGUUGGAGGAAGAGAUAACAGUUCAUGUUUGAGUACAGUCGAGUGUUACGAUCCUCAUACAAAUAAAUGGACAUCUUGCGCUCCAAUGUCAAAAAGAAGAGGAGGCGUUGGUGUUGGCGUUGUAAAUGGCUAUCUUUAUGUACUUGGUGGCCAUGACGCACCAAUAACUAAUCCCAAUACUAGCAGAUUUGAUUGCGUUGAAAGAUAUGAUCCUAAGACUGAUACAUGGACAAUGGUGGCACCAAUGAGCGUUCCCAGAGAUGCUGUUGGCGUUUGUGUUCUCGGGGAUCGUCUUUUGGCAGUGGGAGGCUACGAUGGUCAACAAUAUCUCACAUUAGUCGAGGCAUACGAUCCCCAUUUAAAUGAAUGGCAUCAGGUCGCAUCUUUAAAAACAGGUCGUGCAGGUCCUUGUGUCGUUAUAAAAAACGAAUUACAGCACUUUUAAUCAAUUUUCUCGUUUUUUAUAUCUAUUGUAUUGGUGAUUUGAUUGUGUUCCUAGUGUUUAUUUUUAAGAAUUAUAUUCUUCCACCCAGUGAAACAUUUUAUCACUCUCAUUUUUAUUUAGGAAAAUUUAUUAUCUCUUUUAGAAAUUAUUAUUUUAUUGACAAUUUUUACCAAUUUUAAUUUUAAUAAUUUUUAGAAAGGCUUAACAAAAAAGUAUUAUUAAUUCAAAUAAAACAUUUUCGUUGUAUUAAUUAAUUAUGUCACCUGAUAAUUAAUAAUGGCGCAUAAUAAUUAGUGAUAUCACUUUAACGAAUAUAUAUUACAAAAUUACUAUUUUAAUAAGUAUAAUAAUGUACUAUUAAUAGUUUUUAUACUAUCAGACGAAUAU